GUUCUCUUUUUUUCUACCUCUUUCCUUCCCUCCCACCCUUCUUUCCUUUCUUCCAAUACUUGGUGUCUACCAUAUGCCAGGGUUUUUCUAGGCCUUCGGGACACAAAAGUGAUCUAUACAGAUGGGCCUUGCCUUGGUGGAAUUUGUAACUAACAGGAUGAGAGAUAUUAAUCAAGAAACCGCACAGUCAAAUAUUUCACAGCAGAGGAAUGGGUGCUUUGAAUGAGGGGUAUGAGGGUGGCGGCAGUCAUGAAGAAGGUGAUGCCACUAAGCCAGGGACAUAAGGGAAGUGACGUUAGCCAAGCGCUGAGGAAGUCACCACCUAGGAGAAAGGAGAGGGAAGAGACUCCAGGCAGAAGCAUUAGCCCAUGCAGAGCCCCUGUGGCGGGACGAUGCUUGGCGAGUGAGAUGGACCAAGAGAAGGCCUGUGUGGCUGGACUGGACAGAGUGAAGGGAAUAUGAGUUGGAUUGAGAGCCAGCAGACUAGUUGAAAAAGUGUCAGAUGUCUCAGAAGAACUGUGAGGCUGAAUCUGGAGCCCCAACCUCUCCUAGCCUCCUGGAGGAGGAUGACUCAGGGCCCCUGUCCUCCCAACAGCAGGCCAUCAGUUCAAGGGACAAGAAGCCCCUAAGCUCCCUCCACCUUUCACACAGGACCCAGGUGGCCUUGGAGUACCUGCCUUUCUUCUGCACCUAUGGGUGCCUCCUGGCAGACGAGGGGUUGGUCCUGCAGCUUGAGACACCACUCCAGGAUGACUCAGAACUGCUCAGUGGGUUCUUCCCUUACUACCACUCUGAGGAGGAGAGUUUGCCCAGCCUGGCCCUUCCUGGCUGGUCACACAGGGGCUCCCAAGAUCUGCCCACUGAGAAGGAGGCACAGGCUGGCUGCUUCUGCAGGACAACAGUCAGGAACGAAUGCUCUGCUGCCUUGGCACACUCGGACCUCAUCUCUGGGUCCUCACACUCACUGGCCUGCUGCCCCGUCCUGCAGGUCUUGGCAGGGUUCCACCAUGACAGUGACUGGGAUGCCCCUCUCUCCAGGGACGAUGGUCUUUAUGCCUCAGGAUUCGUGAAUUACUACAGAACCCCUGAGGACGGGCUACACACUAGCCCUGGGCCUCCUGCCUCUCCAUCUGGGAGCCAGGGGCCCUCAGGGGCUGCCCAGGGCUGGUGCAGUCACACCAAGGGGAAGCUGGAGCUGACUGCAGCAGAAACCACUGGAGAGCAGGCCCCCAGCACCCACUGACCAUCGAGGGAUGAAGCCUGUCCCAAGCUCAGACAGAGGGAGUAGGAGCCACCUGAACAACUGAAGGGUGCAGACACCCAGAAGCUGGUUUUGUAAAUAAAUCGUGCACCUUGGAGCUGGUGCACUAAUUGGA